CAGCGGUUGGCUGCAGGUUAGCAAUGUUUCAUCUACCACAUAUCAUUGAAAAUGCUUGAAAACAACGGCCCUACAUCUACUGCGAACGUUGCCGAUGAAACACGCCUUCCAUUACACAUAUUUCCAAGCCCCAUAGUUAUACCGCCACUGAAGCAGCCACAUCUGCAUUCCCUAAUCUUUUUGCAUGGUCGAGGGUCAAGUGCGCGUAUGUUUGCGCCACCGUUUCUUGCCACGCCUGUCCGUGGCCAAGAUUCAAAUAUUAUCACGUUAAGAGAAGCACUGCCGCACACGCGGUUCACCUUCCCAACUGCGUCGCGGUCCAGGGCAACACUUUAUAGGCGCUCCAUCAUCAACCAAUGGUAUGACGGAAGUGGUGAUUGGGAGGAGACGGUGUUGGGGAAUGCUCGGGAGACCGUCCGUUUCGUACAUGCGCUCAUCAGAGACGAAGCCCAGAUUGUAGGUGGCGAAGACAGAGUAUUCUUAGGCGGCUUCAGUCAAGGAUGCGCUGCUGCACUCCUCUGUUCGUUGUUAUGGGAAGGCGAACCCCUCGGUGGGAUUUUGGGCAUGUGCGGGAUGCUGCCUAUGGCCGACACUAUCGAGGGCGUUCUGCGAGAGCGUGCUCAUACUGUGAAUGAUGAGUAUCAGGACGAGGCCCCAAUAGAUUCGGACGACGACGUCUUCGAGUCAUCAAAUCACGAAUCACACUUUAGUCGGAAGAGAGAUGACUCCGAAACCAAUCCACUUGAACAGGCUUUGGUUAUUAUUCGAGAAGAGGUUGACCUUCCAUCACACUCAUCAAAAUCAGAACCACCGUUCCAGAAAACACCCGUGUUUCUGGGCCAUGGAAGCAAAGACGACAAGGUGCUGCCUCAAUAUAGUCAACAGGCCUGCAGGAUACUGCGACUGAUGGGUUGCAAUGUCAACCUUAGGAUAUACUCUGAACUGAAUCACUGGUAUUCAGAGGAUAUGUUACAAGACAUGGUUGAAGCGUUUGGAGGCAAGGGGACCGGGUCGAAAGGUAUUGAUAAGCCUGAAGAGAGGCAGGAGUGAACCAAUCAAGUUGACCUCAUACACUGAUGAAUUAAUAACAUGAAUAUAGUAAUUGAGCAGGUGAAAUUUCAUCAGGUUUAGGGAUCUCCAUAAUCAAUGACUCAUCGG